AUUUGAGAGGGUGCUGACGAGUGGCUGUGACAGCUCGGCUUUAGAGGGGCUGCCCGUUAUUAAACGGCUCAUUGAUCAAGCAAAAGGUAGAAUAAUUGUAAUGCCAGGAGGUGGUAUUACAGAGAGCAACCUGCAGAGAAUAUUGGAGGGGUCGGGGGCUGAGGAGUUUCACUGCUCAGCACGCUCCAGCAGAGACUCUGCAAUGAAAUUCAGGAACACAUGUGUGACGAUGGGAGCUACAAUCUCAGCGCCAGAGUAUGGCCUGAAGGUGGCAGAUGUCAGCAAAGUCCGGAGUCUGAAUGCAAUUGCCAAAAAUACCUUGUGAUACCUCAAAAAUAUGAAGUUAUUUCCAACUCGC